AUGUCAUUGGAAGAGCUCAAACAACAACGGGCUAAUAUUAAGAAAAAUAUUUCUCGCAUAAAAAACAUUGUCGAGGCCAGUCUACGACCAGGUGCUAAAAUACUUUCAGCAGCCGAAUACAAAUGCCGACUUGGUAUUCUGGAAUCUUAUUUCAAAAAUGUGUUGUCUACACAGACGGAAAUCGAAAGGAUAGAUCAUGAGGAUUGCGGUCGCAUGGAUCUUGAGGAGCUGUAUAUAACCACAAAGAUAAUUAUUCAGUCUCAAGUUACCGAGGAUUCCAACACCACACUCUCAGACACCACUUGCGUAAUGCAGGCAGGAUCGAAGCUGCCCAAACUCAAACUUCCUACAUUCAACGGCAAGUACUCUGAAUAUCAAAACUUCAUAACUUCCUUUCAGCAAAUUAUUGAUCGAGAAUAUAGCUUAUCUAACAUAGAGAAAUUUAAUCAUCUACGCAACUGUCUCAAUGGACCGGCAUUAGAAACUAUUGACGCCUUUCAAGUUUCUAAUGAAAAUUAUUUGAAGGCAUUGGAGAGACUCAAAACUCGAUAUGACAAUCCAACUCUCAUAUUUUUAGAAAACAUUUCCUCUUUGUUUGAGCUUUCGUCUAUUUCUAAGCCUAAUGGCGGUCAGUUGAGAAGUUUAAUUGAUAAGGCAUCUGCUAUUUACGGCUCGUUAUUGUCAUUGGGAACUGAAAGCCAAAUUUCACAAGCUAUGCUUAUUUAUUUAGUUUUACAGAAGGCAGAUGAAGAAACCAAUCGCAAAUGGAAGGAGUCUCUGGACUUUAAAACUUUGCCGAGCUGGGAAAAUUGCACCCACAUUUUGGAGAGACAUUGCCAGUACCUCGACUCAAUUGAUAACGCUCACACCGUUGGAAAUGUACACCAAAGCGCUACCAACGCGCAUAAAGCAAAACCUUUACGUAAAGGCUAUUCGUUUUCCUGUUCCAGCUCAUGUUGUUCGGUGUGUUCCAGCAACAAUCAUAAAAUACACAACUGCGACCGUUUUAAGGCACUUAGUGUGUCGCAACGCUUCGACCAUGCAAAGAAGAUGUCUCUAUGUCUCAACUGCUUAUCAAGGGGACAUCAGUUAUCGAACUGCGCAUCAACGCAUAAGUGUAAGAUUUGUUAUCGUCAACACCAUACCUUGUUACAUCGUAGGAAUACACCAGAUUCGUCAAAUUCUACUUCGACCUCCGCUGUUCAUACACACAUGAACAAUUCAUCAUCAUUUGACAACAUCAUCCUCGCCACAGCAGAGGUUCUAGUUCGCGACGUUUCCGGAAACUAUCAUCUUGGCCGUGCUUUGCUGGAUUCUUGCUCACAAGUUAAUUUCAUAACUGAAGAAUUUUCACAAAAACUGAUGCUUCCACGUAGCAAACACAACAUAGAGAUUGAAAGUAUUGGUAAGUCCUCUACCAAUAUAAAGUAUAAAACUUCUACAAAUAUUAAGUCGCAAGCAACAAGCUUGGAGUUACCUCUCGAUUUUUGCAUUACGUCGUACAUCGCCUAUCAUCCAGAACCGGAGAUAGAUACAUCUACUUGGCAUAUUCCUCCAAACAUUGUACUUGCUGAUCAUCAAUUUAAUAAAUCGAGGAAAAUUGAUUUACUUUUGGGGACAGAGAGCUUCUUUAGUUUACUUUCUGUAGGACAAAUUAAACUUGGUGAUAAUCUUCCGAUUUUACAGAAAACGCUAUUAGGCUGGGUCGUUUCGGGACGCUAUCGAGCAAACACUAACGCGCUUAAUGCCAAGUGCUUGUUUGCAUGUGAGGAGUCUAUAGAUUCAAAAUUGGAAAAAUUGUGGCAAAUUGAAGAAAUUGCAACAAAGCCGAAUGUGUGGACACCUGAACAGCACAGCUGCGAAAAGUUAUAUAAUGACACUGUAUCUCGAAGUCCCAACGGCAGAAUCAUAGUGAACAUACCGUUCAAGGAUGACCCGUCUUGCUUGGGUGAAUCUUAUAACACAGCUUUGCGACGAUUUAAUGGGCUAGAACGCCGAUUGCAACAGUCCCCUAUGCUCAAGAAAGAAUACGUAGCCUUCAUGGAUGAAUAUGAAAGUCUAGGCCACAUGGAAGCACUGCCCAAUCCAAACUUGGAGGAACCUCACUACUAUAUCCCUCAUCACUGCGUUUUGAAACCAAAUAGCACUACAACGAAAUUGAGAGUUGUAUUUGAUGCAUCUUGUCGAACAACUACGCAAAAAUCGAUUAAUGACAUUCAAAUGGUUGGACCUACAAUUCAAAGCGAACUUGUAAUAACCUUGCUUCGUUUUCGUUUACAUCGCUUCCCACUUACUGCAGACAUCGUUAAAAUGUAUAGACAGAUACUAAUCAAUGAGGAACAUCGGAGGUUUCAGUACAUUUUGUGGAGAAGUUCGCCUAGUAAGAAUAUUCAGACAUUUCAGCUCAAAACUGUCACCUACGGAAUGGGAGCCGCACCCUAUCUUGCUGUGCGUAGUCUACACUACCUCGCGGAUCAGUAUGUGUCGAAAUUUGCCGUUGGAUCAGAUGUCGUCAAGUCAUCAUUUUACGUCGACGAUCUACUGUGUGGUGCUGACUCACUUGCGGAGCUGUCAAGGAUAAAACAUGAGGUAACAGAAUUGCUAAAAUUAGGUGGAUUUGAGCUGUCAAAAUGGCAUUCCAACCACCAAUGUUUCAGAGUCGAACACACUGACAAGGUUUUAAAUCUUGAUACUUCUGUCACCAGUGCUCUUGGCCUUAAAUGGGAUCAAAUUAAAGAUCAUUUUAUGUUUUCAUUUCUACCAAAGCAGCCAAUAAAUGGAACCAUCACUAAAAGGACAAUACUAUCCAUCGCCUCAUCGCUUUUUGAUCCGCUAGGACUACUAGCACCAGUAAUCGUUACCGCUAAAAUUCUACUUCAGGAGCUGUGGUUGCUGAAAAUAGAAUGGGACGAAUCGGUCCCACAAAACAUCGCAUCGGCAUGGCAAACAUUUGUCAACAAUCUCUCGGAUUUACCUUCAGUUAGAAUUCCAAGAGUAUCGGAGAUUCAGGAUUUGACUGUGGAUGCUUAUUGGAAACAUGUGCCAACGAAAAGCAAUCCAGCAGACAUUGUUUCCAGAGGAAGCACACCAUUAGAACUCACAACCUCGAUUUGGUUUAAUGGACCUGAGUUUCUAUACGAAGACGAAAGAAAAUGGCCUAAUGGAAAAAGUAACGACAUUGACAUGGAAGUUGUUGAUGCAGAAAUGCGUAAAUCAGUAUUUAACAUAAUUAUAAAUAAUAAUUAUCUUCUUGAAGCGCUUGACAGGGCACCUCAUUUUGGUGGCAUUUGGGAGGCCGCAGUUAAAUCAGCCAAAGGGCAUUUGAAUCGUAGCGUUAUGAAUACCAAGUUAACAUACGAGGAACUCACUACAGCCUUGGUAGAAAUAGAAGCAGUUCUAAAUUCUCGGCCUCUAUCACCACUUUCGUCUGACCCCAGCGACUACGAAGCUUUGACUCCAGGUCACUUCUUAACUGGUAGCGCGUUAAAGAGUCUUCCGGAGCGAGCAGUAGCUGACGACGUCAAUCAAGUCAACAGAUGGAAUCAAAUAACUGCCGUCAAACAAAUAUUUUGGAAACGUUGGUCACACGACUAUAUAAGCGAUCUGCAAGCGAGAUCAAAGUGGAACACUGACCAUGGAAAUGUUGGUAAGAACACAAUGGUUCUUAUCCAUGAGGACAAUGUACCACCGCAACGAUGGCUAAUUGGUCGUGUCAUUGAUGCUAUCCCAGGAAAGGAUGCACGAGUCCGAGUGGUUGAUCAGGCCAAACGCUUGCCACGGCACGCCGAAGCGAAGACACACCACUUGCGACGCACUCUUAGUCAUUUGGGCGCUUGGCCACAUGGAGGUGCCGCUUUUGGUCGAACCACGGGGCGAACAAAAGAAGCCGAGAAGCAUGCUAAUCCCAAGAUAGUUCAGACCUGGUUUACAAUACAAUUGAGCUAA